AUGGACGCAGAUUACAUCCCUCUCGGUCCCGGGCCCAUGCCCAAGAUCCCGAAGCUCCCAAAGGCCCCCAAGAAGCGGCCCAAGAAGCAGCGACCGCCCCCCCUAGCCCAGGAAACACCAGAGCCCGAUCGGUUCGUGGACCCUGCCUUUGCCGACACGCCGUACCCAUUCGCCUCACCGCCAGACGAGCCAUCAGCCGUGCCACCGCCACUUCCCGUAUCACCGCCAUCGCCACUCGUAGAUCACGCCCCCGAAGCCGACCCCGGCAUCUGGGAUCUUGGAACGGACACCCCACCGCAGCAUGCCGUCCGGCGAGCCCCCGCGCGUCCGGGCAACGUCUACUGCGAGACGUGCUUCCGCGAUGACCUUGCGCGGUGGCUCAGAAUCCGCGACGGAGUCGUGCGCGUCCUGCACUUGCUCGGCGGGGAUACGGCGCUGUACGAACUGCGGGCCCUAUCUCUCGAGGCCGAGGAGGCGGAGCUAUGCCUGACGGAAGAAUACCAAGGGAGUCGUUUGAGUGGGAGUGGCUUGAGAAGUCCGCCGCCGCCGGCGUAUAUCUCGUCUAGUUCGGAGUCCGAGAGUGAGGAAGAGGGGCCUAAUAAGGGGUCUGUGGCGGCGAAAAAGAUCAUUGUCAUGUCAGAUCAUGGUCAGAGUUGGGAGGCGCCGCAUUUUAACGAGUACCCGUCGGACAUCGUCGGUCUUGUGUUGCUACGGAUUUUGGCGGAGAGGCCCACCUCUGGCCUUCAACAAGCACAGAGGGAGGAGGUCAACCAGCUACUCGAAGAGUUACGCCAAGAUGUUGGCGUUGGGCCCCGGUUUUUCCAGGCCAUGACAACGGUGGGCAAAAGCAUGGUUGUGCGAUGGCGGACGAAGGGGUUGCCAAAGGACAGCCCCGGACAACAAAACAACCGAGGCAAAAUAGGUCACUGGUGGUGGGAGUUUGACGCUGCGCUACAGACCGCCCACGAGGAGGUAGUAUCGGUGGAGACGCACUUACCGUCGUUAUUCGUGAGCACCCUCGCGGCAAAGGCCCGGGAUGCGUCACUCGGGGUUCUCGCGGCCAAAGAAGCUGCCACGGCCCAGAAACACGAAGACAGUCACCACGACGACACGCGGCGCCAAGCCGCACCCUUCGCCGAACUGGAAAAGGCCUUCGGCAUGGCCAUCCCAAGCAACGUCUUCCUCAAAUCCGUCGGCAACAAGCUCGCGCUCGCCAAACAACAACUCGAGCAGCAUACCACCGAACAACCCACUACCACCACCAGCAAACAAAAGCGCAACGCCGACCCCGACCCCCAUUCCCCCACCCCCUCCCCAAAGCGCCGCAAACCCAACCCCUCCACCUCACCCACCCUCCCAACCUCAACCUCAACCUCACCACCCCCACCACCACCACCCCCCUCAGAAACACCCCCCGCCAUCCCACUCCCAUGCACCUACUGCUCCGAAUCCACCGCCUCCCACCGCCACCGCGCCCGCCACGCCCGCCCCUGGGGCGCCGACAGCGCCAUCGACCUCGACCGCCGGCCCAUCACCAGCACCACGGCGACCCAGCCAUGGACCCGGCCCCUGGCAUGGGCCUUCCCGCGCCUCCCGCCCCCGGCGGCGGCACGCAUACGCACGGCGGAGGACUGGCUGCGGUUGGUGGCGGGGUCGAGGAGGGUAAGGGUGGGGGAGGUGCUGCCGCCGCUGGGAGGGGAUGGGGAGGGCGGGGAGGAUGGGGGGAAUGGGGGGGAUGGAGGGGAUGGGGAUGGGUCACGGGGAGGGGAGGCGGUGGUGAGGUUUAUGGUGGAUGGGACGGGGGGGAAGACGAGGGUGGUGCUAGUGCGGGUGAGGGGGGUUUUUGAGGUGCUUCUUGGUCUUGGUGGUGGUGUUGGUGCUGGUGGAAGGCAGGGUGGGGGAUUUGGUGGGGGUCGUGGGCGUGGGAGUGGGAGUCAGGUGCGGUUCGCUCCGGCGCCUGUUAUGGUGCGGGAGACGACGGGGGCGGUGAUGGGCGCGGCGAGGUCAGUGGGGAUGUGGGAGAAUUGGAGGGGGGGGAGGUUGGAGGGGUCGAGGUUUGUGUGA